CUGCCAAUCCCAUCACUGCUGCCUUCCAUUCAGUGUCCUCCAUCCCUCUCUGCCAAUCCCUACACUGGCCUCCAUUCAGUGUCCUCCACCCCUCUCUGCCAAUCCCUCCACUGGCUUCCAUUCAGUGUCCUCCACCGCUCUCUGCCAAUCCCAUCACUGGCUUCCAUUCAGUGUCCUCCAUCCCUCUCUGCCAAUCCCUCCGCUGGCUUCCAUUCAGUGUCCUCCACCCCUCUCUGCCAAUCCCAUCACUGGCUUCCAUUCAUGUCCUCCACCCCUCUCUGCCAAUCCCUCCGCUGGCUUCCAUUCAGUGUCCUCCACCCCUCUCUGCCAAUCCCUCCACUGGCCUCCAUU